AUGACCGAGGCACUUGGUUACCAAGGCAGGCGUACUCAACCCCCUGAAGUGUCCAAGCUAUUAUCUACCAUGAAGAACAUUGGAACCUAUAAGUUCAAAAGAGGAUCCGAUCCUAUUGAAGCCGACAAGUGGAUUACUAUGAUGGAGAAGAAUUUUGAAGCCAUGGAGUGUCCGGAGGAGUAUCAGAAGAAGAUCGCUGUGUACUAUCUGGAAGGAGACGCAACGGGCUGGUGGGACAGCAUAGAGAGGCAGCGUGGAUAUACCAUCACAUCAUGGGAAUCGUCGUUCAAGGGAGAGUUUGAGAGGAAAUACUUUCCUCCAAAAGCGAAGCAUCGAUUGGAGCGUCAGUUUAUGAACCUUGUUCAAGGAGAUAGGGCGCCGGAGCUUGGAAGUCGUUUAGCUGGAAGCAGCUUUAGCAGCUUAUCGGAGUUGGUGGAAAAAGCUGUUAAUGUUGAGACUGUAUUGGAGGCUGAAAGGAAGACUAUAUCACAUUCUGGUGGACUCACCAAAUUUAGCGAAGUAGAAAGGCCAAAUUUCAACAAGGGUCCAAGAUCUCACAAAGGAAAACGUCGAGGAUUUGGAGGCCGAGCCAACAAUGGUUGUAAGACUGGGGUAUGUUACACAUGUGAUCAGCCAGGACGUAUUUCGAGGUUUUGUCCCAAAAAUCAGCGCAAUAACCAGCAGAGUAACCAGCAGGGUUAUUCAUCGCUGAGGAUGGAAGAUGGCUUGGCUUUUCCGGAUGCUUCGGCUUUACCUGCUGGAUCGUCCACGACUCCGAUUCUCGUUGAAGAUAAGGGGAGGGCCGCUGACUCUAUGCCGCCUCCUCCUGCCAGGAAGGAGAUCGUUCUAGCGCUGCACGCUCCUAGUGUUGCUCCGGUUACUCAGCCUAAGGGCCGGAAGAGGAAGUUUACCAAGGGCGAUGACGGGAAAUCUUCGCAGCAAAGAGGCUCGAGCAUAGCGUUGGGGCUUCGCGGAAAGUUCGUGGCGUUGAUCGAUGGGAUGAUCAGCGAGUGCAGUUCCGAGACCAGUCGUCUUGCUGGGGAGUUGUUGGAACUUCAGGGUAGAUGGUCCGAAACCGAGGCCAUGCUGACGGCCGUCAAGGGAACCAUACAUGUUGCUGGUAAACCCACACAUGUAUUGUUCGACUCGAGGGUAACACUUAGUUUUGUGACCCUUGAAGUAGCUGCCCGGUUUUGGGAUUGUUUUGUGGUUGACAGGAUAAACGUGGCCGUCUUGAUCCCCACAGACCGAACCCUUCAAGCAGAUCAGUGUAUCAAGAAUGUUCCAUUGGUCAUUCAAGAGAAAGAAUUUGUGGCAGAUCUGUUAGUCGUGCCUUUGAAAGGGUACAAAGUAAUCCUUGGAAUGGAUUGGUUAUCGAGCUACAGAGUUCAGAUCGACUGUGGAAAGGGAAGGUUGUUGUUUGGCAGAGGUAAACGACCAGAGAUGGUAUACUAUGGAAUCAGUCCUAGUAUGACCGUGUCUUUGGUAGGAGCAAUGAGAGUACAAGAUUUGUUUCAAGAUGGGGAAGUGUAUUUGGUAACUUUAUCGGUUAGUGGAGGAGCCACUAAUGAUGAAGUUAAGGUCGAAGACAUAGAAGUGGUCCAAGAGUUUGAGGAUAUCUUUGCACCACUAAAGGAAUUACCUCCACCUCGGAGUAGUCCCUUUACCAUUACUUUGGAGCCUGAAGCAAAACCUAUAGCUAAGGCACCAUAUCGGAUGGCACCUGCGGAGUUGGUUGAGCUAAAAAAGCAAUUGGAGUAUCUUUUGGAAAAGGGAUUCAUCCGAUCGAGCUCUUCACCUUGGGGAGCCCCUGUGCAAUUUGUGAAGAAGGAGGACAGAAGCAUGAGGUUGUGUAUCGAUUAUCGUGGUAUCAACAACAUCACGAUAAAAGAUAAGUAUCCUCUUCCGAGGAUAGACGAGUUUUUAGACCAACUAAAGGGAGCUAGUUGGUUUUCGAACAUUAAUUUGGCAUCAGGGUAUCACUAA